AAGAGCGAGGCCCAGGGGACAAGAGGCUCAAAGCCAGAGUGUAUCCGAGUCCUCAUGGAUGGGAGGAUGAUGAGAAGCAUGAGGCUGAAAGAGGAGAAAACACCGGGACAAGGCCACACAGCGUCCUGCCUCUGCGGCUCUGCUCCCUGCCUCCUGUGCAGCUGCUGCCCCUGCAGCCACAACUCCACGCUGAGCCGCCUCAUCUUCACCAUCUUCCUCUUCCUGGGGGUGCUGGUGUCCGUCAUCAUGCUGAGUCCUGGCGUGGAGAGCCAGCUCUACAAGCUGCCCUGGGUGUGUGAGGAUGGGGCCGGGUCCUCCGUCAUCCUGCAGGGCCACAUCGACUGUGGCUCGCUGCUCGGCUACCGCGCCGUCUACCGAAUGUGCUUCGCUACGGCGGCCUUCUUCUUCCUCUUCACCCUCCUCAUGACCUGCGUGCGCAGCAGCCGGGAUCCCAGGGCCGCCAUCCAGAACGGGUUUUGGUUCUUUAAAUUCCUGAUUUUCGUGGGCAUCACUGUGGGUGCCUUCUACAUCCCUGACGGCUCCUUCUCCGACAUCUGGUUCUACUUUGGCGUCGUGGGCUCUUUCGUCUUCCUUCUCAUCCAGCUGUUGCUGCUCAUCGACUUCGCACACUCCUGGAACCAGCGGUGGCUGGCCAAGGCCGAGGAGAACGACUCCCGCGCCUGGUACGCAGGCCUCUUCUUCUUCACCUUCCUCUUCUACGCGCUGUCGAUCGCGGCCGUGGCGCUGCUGUUCAUCUACUACACCCAGCCGGGCACCUGCCACGAGGGCAAGGCCUUCAUCAGCCUCAACCUCAUUCUCUGUGUCUGCAUCUCCAUAGUCGCCAUCCUGCCCAAGGUCCAGGAUGCCCAGCCCAACUCAGGUCUGCUGCAGGCCUCGGUCAUCAUGCUCUACACCAUGUUUGUCACCUGGUUGGCCUUAUCCAAUGUCCCCGACCAGAAAUGCAACCCCCACCUGCUGACCCGCUUUGGCAACGGGACGGUCCUGGCAGGCCCCGAGGGCUAUGAGACCCAGUGGUGGGACGCGCCGAGCAUCGUGGGUCUCAUCAUCUUCAUCCUGUGCACCCUCUUUAUCAGUCUGCGCUCCUCGGACCACCGGCAGGUGAACAGCCUGAUGCAGACGGAGGAGUCCCUGGCCGUGCCGGACGCCACGCAGCAGCAGCAGGCCUUUGAGGGCCGGGCCUUUGACAACGAGCAGGACGGCGUCGCCUACAGCUACUCGUUCUUCCACUUCUGCCUGGUGCUCGCCUCUCUGCAUGUCAUGAUGACGCUCACCAACUGGUACAGACCCGGUGAGACCCGGAAGAUGAUCAGCACGUGGACCGCCGUGUGGGUGAAGAUCUGUGCCAGCUGGACGGGGCUGCUCCUCUACCUGUGGACCCUGGUAGCCCCCCUCCUCCUGCCCAACCGCGACUUCAGCUGAGGCAGCCCCCCGCAGCUGGCCCACCUGGUGCGUCGGGGCUCCCCGCCCCACCUCCAGGACGUGCCCUGAGCUGGGCCCCUCUGUUCUUAGUGCCUUUGGGGAGGAGGAGCGUCAGGCUCCUCCCUCCCACUGCCCGCCCCUCCCCCUCCCCCCCAGUGGAGCUGUCUUCUCCUUCCCCUUGGCCCCACUGGCCCACACUCUCCCUUUUGGGAAAAGCGGCCCCUUUUUUUAAGGAUGCCCAGGAGAGGGUCCUGAGGGAGAGCAGCACUGAGAGCCGCUGGGAGAGCGGGAGUGCUCGCUGCGGAGGGUGCCCAGCACUGGGGCCCCGGUAUCCCUGACCAUGCGCCCCAGGACACCCCUACCCUGCCUGGACUCUGCGCCUUCCUGAGUCCCCAAGACUCGGCCAAUAAAGAAGCCAGUGCGUGUGUCUCCC